AUGGCGUUCAACCUGAUGGGGAACAUGAUGCUGUCGAGGGACCUGCUGAAUGCCAAGGAUCCCGAGUUGAGGCAGUACUUCGACUGCGUGAACCGGGCAUUGGAGCUUGAGGGGACCCCCAACAUAGCCGACUACCUGCCGUGGCUCAAGUGGAUUGACCCAGCCGGGAUGAAGCGGGAGAUGAAGAGGCAUAUGAGUGUCGCGAUGCGAAUAACGUCUAGGUUCAUCCAGGAGAGGCUGGACGAGCGCAAGGCGGGGAAAGCUCGGGAGAGGAAGGAUUUUCUCGACGUGCUGCUCGAGUACGAGGAGGAUGGGAAGGAUAGGAUUACCAAGAAGAAUAUCAACAUCGUUCUCACGGAAAUGUUGGCAUCGGGAUCCGAGACCACAAGCAUCAGCAUCGAGUGGGGAUUAGCGGAGCUCCUGCGAAGCCAGCACACAUUCAAGAAGGUCCGAGAGGAGCUGGACCGGGUCGUGGGCAUGGACCGGCGGGUCGAGGAGAAGGACAUCGAGAACAUGCCUUACCUGCAAGCGGUCGUUAAGGAGACCUUUCGCCUCCACCCAGUGGCGCCAUUGCUGCUCCCCAGGAAUACCAAAGAGGACACCAACUACAUGGGAUACCGUAUCCCCAAAGACACCCAGGUGUUUGUCAAUGUGUGGGCCAUUGGGCGCGACCAAGAGGUCUGGCCCGACCCGCUCGAGUUCAGGCCCGAGAGGUUCCUCGGCUCCAACAUUGAGUACAAUGGGCAGCACUUUGAGUUGAUCCCUUUUGGGUCGGGGCGGAGGAUCUGCAUUGGGUACCAGCUGGCCCGUCGGACGGUCCACCUGGCUAUGGCAACCCUGGUUCAGUCAUUUGAUUGGGAUCUCGGGCCAGGCAUCAAGCCCGAGGACAUUGACAGGGAGGAACAAUUGGGGUUGACCCUUAGGAAGAAGAAUCCGCUGUUUGUGAUCCCGACUAAGCGCAUAAAUGGUUGA